AUGUCCUUGCGAUCUCUCAACACUAAGCUCCGUUCCCUUGGUUUACGGAGGAAAUACAACGACCUCGACAUUAAUUUUCUUCGCGAUCGAAUCCGAGAGGAGUUAGAUGGGCCUUUAAACUCUGCUGGAUAUCGUUCUGUCUGGCACACUUUAAAGUUGCAGGGUAUACAAGUGCCAAGAGAAACUGUCCGGGUCCUCGUAAGUGAAUUAGAUCCCGAAGGUGUGAGAGAAAGACGAGCAAAAGCUCUUAGAAGAAGAACAUACAGAUCACCAGGGCCCAAUUUUGUUUGGCAUGUGGACGGAUACGAUAAGUUGAAGCCAUACGGAUUUCCGAUACACGGUUGUAUUGAUGGGUACAGCAGGAAAAUCCUAUGGCUGAAAGUAUCCAGAACAAACAAUGACCCUGCAGUCACUGGACAACAUUUUUUAGAUGCCAUAUCAAAAUAUGGUGGCUGCCCCACAUUGUUGAGAACUGACAAUGGGACUGAAAACGUAAAUAUGGCUGCAAUCCAAGCUUUUUUGCGUUGUGGGGGAGAAGAUGAAUUGGCAGGGUCUAAUGCCCAUAGGUAUGGGUCUUCCCCUGCCAAUCAACGCAUAGAAUGUUGGUGGUCAUUCCUGCGGAAGAAUCGGUCAAAUUGGUGGAUCAAUUUUUUCAGAGAUCUCAUUGAAAGAGGGGACCUGAGUACAUCGAAUGAUUUACAAAAAGAGUGUUUAUGGUUUUGUUUUGCAAAGCUUUUGCAAGAUGAUUUGAACUCAGUAACAAAGCACUGGAAUAGUCAUUAUAUACGGAAGUCUCGCUUUGAUACUGUGUCAGGCAGGCCUGAUGAACUUUACUUCCUUCCAGAGUGUUCUGGUGCAGAAAACCACAUAAAACCUGUAGAUAAUGAUGAUUAUCAGGACAUGUCCCAAUACUGUCAUUAUUAUGAGGAAGACAACCUUUUCCAAGAAUAUUUUCAGAGUGUGAAGGAGGAACUUGGCCUGGUCUUACCAACUAAUUGGAGAGCUGCCUUGGAUAUGUUCAACAAUUUAUGUGAAAUUGCACAAAGAUAA